CCGAUAGCAAAGUAGUACCGUACGCAGAUCGAGUGCGUGUGUGACUUCCCUCAUUGGAGAAAUGUCGUCGACACUCGUGGCCGCGAAAUAAACGACGAAACAUGUCCGGACCGACAGUCAGUCGUGCGCAGACACCCGGCGGUGAUGUUCAAAUAGGUGCAACGGUGGGCUGUGUAGUCUGUAAUAGAACUGACAAGCUGUUAAGGUGUUCACGGUGCAAGGCCGUCUCCUAUUGCACCCAAGAACACCAAAGGCGGGAUUGGAAACGUCACAAAGAAUUUUGUGCGACUCAUUCGGUGCGAUCGAUCGUACCAGAUUCAGUUGCAACGUCUAAGCAAAAUUCCGUUCUGGAAUUGAGCAAGGACUCCUCCUCCCUCAGGAAUUGCCAGUUUUCAAAUACACCAAUAGUUUCUAACCUAAACGAGAAACCAGUGUCAGAAACAACGCGGGGAUCGGAGGAUGCUGCUCAAGAAGUUCAUUACAAUGCGAAACAUUCUGGAGGAGUAAAUAAACAGGCAGAAAAAGUGAGGGAACUGUUGGAUUGUAAAGAACGUCAAAAUCCUAAGAGGAAAUCUAGCGGUACCAAAACAAAAGGUAGCCGUACUAACAGAGUAGACGGAUGGACUUCUCCGAUAACGUACGAAGGAAGUUCAGAAGACACAAUCCUAGGUGCCAGAGCUGAAUUAUUGAAUCCUGUCUUAGAAAGUUCAAGAAUCCUUGAUAACUUGCAGGACAAUGCAUUAGACAUGCCUACACAACAUCACAACGGUAUGAAGAACUUCCCAGAGGUUCAUUUCACUCACGAUGAAGAACUUUUACCACCUUUCCUCCACAAAAACAAGUAUAAUCUUGAAGAGCUAAUAGACGAAAUAUGCAGAAAUGUGAUUAGAGACAUGGAUGAAUACGGUAUGUGUGUGGUAGACAAUUUUCUAGGAGCAGAGAAAGGUCUUGCAGUGCUAAACGAAGUUUUAAAUAUGUAUAGUGCUGGAUUAUUUAAAGAUGGACAGUUGGUUUCUAAUAAAGCAGGUGCAAACGACUUAAAGACAAUUCGUGGUGAUCAAAUAACAUGGUUAGAUGGAAAAGAAAAACAAUGUCAGAAUAUUGGGAUGCUUAUAUCCCAAGUGGAUGCCAUCAUUAUGAGGGCAAAUAAAAUGUGUAACAAUGGAAAAAUGGGCAACUACACAAUCAAUGGAAGGACAAAGGCGAUGGUGGCUUGUUAUCCUGGUCACGGUUCGCAUUACGUGAAACACGUGGACAAUCCUAAUCGAGAUGGACGAUGCAUCACAGCCAUAUACUAUCUCAACCGGGAUUGGGAUAUCAAGAAAAAUGGUGGCCUGUUGAGGAUAUUUCCAGAAGGCUGGCGUGAUCAGGUAGCGAACAUCGAGCCGCUUUUCGAUAGAAUACUCUUCUUCUGGUCCGACAGGAGAAAUCCGCACGAAGUACAGCCAGCAUACAAAACCAGAUAUGCAAUCACUUUGUGGUACUUCGACGCCGAAGAAAGAAAUCAAGCUUGUCGAAGAUAUCAAAGAGAAAGAGAACUAUACGCGAAGAAGGAAAGUUCGUGAGACAUGGAGUUUAAAGGACCGUUACACCAUCCGUCGACUGAAAGUGUAACUCUACUAGCUAAACAUACACACCUGUACAUAGUUACACGAAGAAAGCGCUGGUACAUAAGCUAUUAUGUAUUAUUCUGUAUUAUGAUAUAGUCGAUUGCAGGUGAUACGAACAUUUGAGCAUAAAAAAUGUUAAGAAAGUGCAAUAGAUGUAAGCGCGUUCUUUUUUUCUUUUUUUUACAUUGCGGCACUGUAAUAUAUUCGAUAAGUGAGUGCACGUAGCUCUUACGGCGAUUCACAAUUACACAUAUUAUUAAUCUGCGUUAUUCUAACACUUUAACGCUCACACUCUAAUCGAACGUUUGAGAAGUAAAGAAAAAAAAAAAAAAUUAGCAUUCGCUUGCCACGGUUGAAAGUUUGUUAGUUUCCAAUAUUUGGAGCAUUAAGAAUUCAUACAUAUAGCAUUCGUAAUUCGUAUACGAACGCUAAGGUACAUAGUGUACAGUGAAAAAAAAAAUAGUAUGCGCGCGCGCGUGUGUGUAUGUGUGUGUAUAUGGGUAAAACAAGAGUGAAAAUUUGUGUGAAAGAAAUGAAGCGAUUUGAAUAAUAAAAAUGAUGUUUCUAUCGCAAAACUUUGCUAAAAAAUUGUCUUAAUUAUUAUAUUUCAAAUACAUUUGUUCCCCUUUGACUUCGGUGUAUAGCUGGGGUAUUGUUACUGCAGGAGAUUGUAACGACUCGCAAAUUGUAUUGUCAUAAUUUUAUUAUCGCAUCUCAUGUGUUACACGUUGUUCUACGAAGUUAUAAUCAUUGAUGUUUGAUUGAACGGCCAGUAAUUAACUUAUGCUUCCAGCGCAGUGAAUUGAGAUAUGUCGGGGCCCAGUCUGUACCUGUAAUAUUGUUGUGUACAUUGCGGAAAAAAAGGUAGAAACACUGUGUUUAAUAUUGUAUGUAUCUAUUUAUAUAAAUCGGUAAGAGAACAAAAGUAAACAAAAAACAAACAAAAAAUAAAUGCGUACUUCCUGUGUCCCACAUAGAAAGUCUGAGAUACAACUUCGUUAGUCAAAUCUGAGAGAGAAGUAAAAAGAGUGUGUUGAGUUCUUUUUUUCUGAGGUGUAUUAUGUUAAAUAUUAAACUUAUUUGUUCGAUAAGACUAUCGUUAGUAAGUUAUUGAAUUUCUCUUUCGCUGUAUUAUAGGACACGGAGGACCAACAAAUUACCCCAGUAUCCUCAACGAGUGAUUAAGCUAUUUUCGAUGAUCGAACUUAAUUUAAUAUGCUCUUACUUUAGUUGUAAAAAAAAAAAAACAAAAAAGAAAGAAAAAAAAUUGUUGUGGAUUAAGUUAUGAACUGAACACGCAUUUUUUAAGUAUUGUAAAACUGAUGAGAAUUGUGAUGUGAAAAUAAAUAUUGUAUAAAAUUGGCA